AUGCACAACUCGCAAAUCUCGAGUCGUUGCGUGGCCCUCUUCUGGCUGGUGAGCGACAUGGAUCUACUCAAGAGUUUGAAGGUACUACAUUGCCGAAUCGGCGAGAAUGUCACCCGAGAGUUCCAUUUACCACCACGGUUGGAGCAAUGGAAGGUCUGGACCGACCACGACGUCAAGGGACUCCCGCCUCAGCUUAAGAAGUUUUGUUAUGUUGGCCCCGAAGACCUCAACUCGUCAGACCACCCAAUGAUGGACUUCUAUUCGUCGACCCUCCAAUCGCUCCACUUGGAGAAUUGCGCGUACGUUGUAUUCAUAUGCAGCAAGCUCACCAAACCUCAUGUGAAGAACGUUAAGAUGCUCGAUAGGUGCUGGCUGCCGAAUGUCCUGCGGCUAAGCGAUGUUGGACCAGGUACGCUAGACUUGCCCGGCGGUUUCCCGAGUCUUGCUCAUCUUGAGUUACUGGGUUGGGAAAGGCAACCAUUACUGAAUCCUCAGCGCUUGAAGAGCGUUAGUAUGAAAAAUCUGUGCGUGCCGCAGUUGUCGCUUGUCGCCGACCACGUUCUGCUCGAGAUCACUGACCUCCCCCCACUAGCCAAGAUCGACGCCGACGUGGUGAGUCUCGUGAGAUGCCGAGUGCCCGAAAAUGUUGAGAUCAGCGCCACCAUAAUCAAAGGUGCCAAGUGUGACAUGGCUCUGGUUCGGGGGAUCACGUGUCGGGAACUAGAGUGUGGCGCCAUUGACUACAUCCCCACCAAAAUGGAGAAGUUGACCUGCCACUAUCAAUGCAGCGUACGGUUGAAACCCGUGGGGAAAGCGGCGUAUGAGCUCACCCAGUGUGAAAACCUUCGUUACUUAUACAUCACUGGAGGGGUGCGCCACUUCCUUAAUGGUCCCGAGACGAUCAAGUUGCCGUCCACGGUGAGACAAUUCCGCUUGAAGGAUGUGGGCACCUCGGUCCAGCGGUUGCACAUUGAAACUGAGCGUCGGCUCGAGUACUUUGAGUGUACGGCUGCCUUUAAAAGUCGGGACCAGGUGACUUUCACUCACGAGCCGGCGUGGCUGAGCAUCAGAUGCCACCUGUCCUUCCACCCUGAACUCAUGGACAAUUCCAAAACAGUUGCUGAUGAAGAUAGUGUUUGA